GCGGCGGCGGUGGUUGGGUGGUAGGUAAGAUGGCGGCUGUGAGUCUGCGGCUCGGAGACUUGGUGUGGGGGAAACUCGGCCGGUAUCCACCGUGGCCCGGAAAGAUUGUUAAUCCGCCCAAGGACUUGAAGAAACCACGUGGAAAGAAAUGCUUCUUUGUGAAGUUUUUUGGGACAGAAGAUCAUGCCUGGAUCAAAGUGGAGCAGCUAAAGCCAUACCAUGCACACAAGGAGGAAAUGAUCAAGAUUAAUAAAGGUAAACGCUUCCAGCAAGCUGUGGACGCUGUGGAAGAGUUCCUCAGAAGAGCCAAAGGAAAGGACCAGACGUCAUCCCACAGUUCUGCUGAUGACAAGAAUCGACGUAACUCCAGUGAGGAAAGAAGCAGGCCCAACUCAGGUGAUGAGAAGCGCAAGCUUAGCCUGUCUGAAGGGAAGGUGAAGAAGAGCGUAGGAGAAGGAAAGAAAAGGGUGUCCUCGGGCUCUUCCGAUAGAGGCUCCAAGUCCCCUCUGAAGAGAGCCCAAGAGCAGAGUCCCCGGAAGCGGGGUCGGCCCCCAAAGGAUGAGAAGGACCUCACUAUCCCCGAGUCCAGCACCGUGAAGGGUAUGAUGGCCGGCUCCAUGGCCGCCUUCAAGUGGCAGCCAGCUGUGAGUGAGCCUGUCAAGGAUGCCGACCCUCAUUUCCACCACUUCCUCCUCAGCCAAACAGAGAAGCCGGCUGUCUGUUACCAAGCAAUCACAAAGAAACUUAAGAUCUGUGAAGAGGAGACAGGGUCCACCUCCAUCCAGGCAGCUGACAGCACCGCAGUGAACGGAAGCAUCACACCAACCGACAAAAAGAUCGGGUUUCUGGGCCUUGGCCUCAUGGGAAGUGGUAUCGUCUCCAACUUGCUAAAAAUGGGUCAUACAGUCACUGUCUGGAACCGGACUGCAGAAAAAUGUGAUUUGUUCAUCCAGGAGGGGGCCCGCCUAGGAAGAACCCCCGCUGAAGUCGUUUCCACUUGUGACAUCACCUUUGCCUGCGUGUCGGAUCCCAAGGCAGCCAAGGAUCUGGUGCUGGGCCCCAGUGGUGUGCUGCAGGGGAUUCGCCCUGGGAAGUGCUACGUGGACAUGUCGACAGUGGACGCAGACACAGUCACUGAGCUGGCCCAGGUGAUUGUAUCAAGGGGGGGCCGCUUCCUCGAGGCCCCAGUCUCAGGGAACCAGCAACUGUCCAACGACGGGAUGUUGGUGAUCUUAGCAGCCGGGGACAGGGGCUUGUACGAGGACUGCAGCAGCUGCUUCCAGGCCAUGGGGAAGACUUCCUUCUUUCUGGGUGAGGUUGGCAAUGCAGCCAAGAUGAUGCUGAUCGUCAACAUGGUCCAAGGGAGCUUUAUGGCCACCAUAGCUGAGGGGCUCACGCUGGCCCAGGUGACAGGCCAGUCUCAGCAAACACUCCUGGACAUCCUCAACCAGGGACAGCUGGCUAGCAUCUUCCUGGAUCAGAAGUGCCAAAACAUUCUCCAAGGGAAUUUCAAGCCUGAUUUCUACCUGAAAUACAUCCAGAAGGAUCUGCGCCUGGCCAUUGCACUGGGUGAUGCUGUUAACCACCCCACACCCAUGGCAGCUGCCGCCAACGAGGUAUACAAAAGAGCCAAGGCACUGGACCAGUCCGACAACGACAUGUCUGCAGUGUACCGAGCCUACAUACACUAAGCCUUGGACGCUCCCCUCUUCCUCCCUCUGACCCUCUUCUUCACACGGGGUUGAGGUCCUGGGACUUAACUCUGGACCAGACCACCUCUCUCCAUCUCUUUUUAUACAGACUCUGAGACUUGCCAUCAGCACAGCUCACAGCAUCAUUCCUCCCCUGGAGGGCCUGGGGGCAGGGAGAAAGGGGUACCAGCAGGAUUGGCCCAUGGGGCAGCUCUCAAGUGCAAACAGCCCUGGACUAGGUGGCUGUGUUUUCCCUCUCACAAACACACAUGUCCCCCUCACACACUGGCUCUCAGUGCGGAGAGGGGCUCUCCCGAAACUGCUGCCUGCCUUGUGGUUGGUUUUCCUACAAGUUUGUCUUCUCUGACCCUUCCACCUGAGGGGAUGGAAUCAGUGGUGACCCCUGGCAGCCUCGCCGAUGUCCUCAGUGAAGAGGCUUUGGUCGCCUCCGUGUUCUCCAUUGGAUCCCCAGGGAGAGAGGCUCUGGGCCAAGCAGAGCCAGCAAGGACGAAAUGGAGGGCCCUGCCUGUGGCCCUCCAACCUCAGGUGACCAGCUGAUGAAUGAGCUUGACAGGAAAAGCUCUUGAUGUGCAAGCAAGUCCC